AUGGCGUUGCUUGACUUCAAGAAACGAAUUAGUGAAGACCCACUUCAAAUCAUGAGAUCAUGGAAUGACUCCACCCAUUUUUGCUACUGGUUUGGUGUUACAUGCAGCCCCUCUAGAAAAAGAGUCAUUGUGCUCAACCUGGAAUCUCAAAGAUUGGGUGGCACCAUAACACCUUCUUUGGGAAAUCUUACUUACCUUACUGGAAUCAACCUGAUAAACAACAGCAUGUUUGGCGAAAUUCCUCAAGAAUUGGGAAGACUACGGCGCCUGCAACAUCUCAACUUGACUUUGAAUUACUUUGGUGGGAGCCUUCCAACUAAUCUAAGUCACUGUACACAACUUAGAGUGCUUAAUGUUCCUAUCAACAAACUUGUUGGGAAGAUUCCAGAAGAGUUCAGUUCAUUGUCAAAGUUGGUUUACUUGCAACUUGGUGGGAACAACCUUACAGGAACUAUCCCAGUGUGGAUAGGAAACUUUUCUUCUUUGUCUGUUCUUACUUUUCCACUGAACAAUCUACAAGGGAGCAUACCUAUUGAGCUUGGCCAUCUAUCAAGCUUGGAAUUUUUCCAACUUUAUGGGAAUAAUCUAUCUGGACCUAUUCCCGUGUCAUUGUCAAAUGCUUCUCGACUUAGCGUGCUUGACUUUUCUGUAAAUGGUCUCACUGGGAUGGUGCCUCAAAAUCUAGUAAGUUUGGGUGCCUUGGUUCAUCUUAAUUUCUAUGGAAAUAGACUUGGAAAUGGGAAAGUUGGUGACCUGAAUUUUCUUGGUUUUUUGGCUAAUUGUACUAGUUUGGAGAUCUUGGGUCUUGGCUUUAAUCAAUUUGGUGGAGCAUUGCCCAGCUUCGUAGCCAACCUUUUCUCCCAGCUGAAAAGACUUCAUAUAGGUAGAAAUAUGAUAGAUGGAGGCAUCCCUAUUGGGAUAGGGAACCUUGUUAGCUUGACCGAUAUGCAAUUAGAUGGUAACUAUUUGGGUGGUCCUCUUUCGGAUGCUCUUGGGAAGCUCCAACAGUUACAGGUUAUUGGUCUUUCUUCCGUUUCAAUUUCUCUGGCCAUGUCUCAUAAUUCUUUGACAGAGUAUGGGAUGGAUGGCCAAGUUUCCGUAUUUGGAGAUAUUUACAGCUAUGGGGUACUCUUGUUGGAGAUAUUCACUGGGAAGAGAGCUACAGAUGACAUGUUUAAAGAUGGUCUGAGCAUUCACAAGUUCACCGAACUAUCUUCGCCGCAACGUGUCAUGGAUAUAGUGGGCUCGUCAAUACCCUUUGAAGAAGAUGCUGAUGAUGAGACAAAUACCAAUGGCAUAGAAGUAAUCAAAGAAGUUGAUCGUCACUUCAAUGCCAAAUGCAAAGUGGAGGAGUGCUUGGUCUCAGUGUCGCAGGUUGGACUGUUGUGUUGUGCAACAUCACCUUAUGAAAGGUUGCCCACAAAUGAUGUCGUCAACAAACUAAGGACAAUUAGAGACACAUGUGUACAUCAUCGAGGACAAACAUAA